AUGGGCGCCGAUGGUAGCAAGAGCACUAAGCCACACACAGGGUCAGAGGAGAAUCCCAGCUCAUCUGGAUGGCGACGUUUCCUCUCCAGCAUGGGAAUCACUCUCCCAUCUGGGCUUUGCCGACUCAACCAGCUCCACUUUGGGACGCGAAGAAUGAUUCAGGACAAAGAGUCUUCCAUCCCUGAGCACAUGCUAUUACCAGGCCCUGAUAAACUGCGUAUGGAGUGGAGUCUCCCUGGCUUCAUAUCCAUGUUCCUGCCUGAGUUUCCUCACCGUAAUGUGCCGGGACAUGAACACUUUCAGGUUCUAGGUUACAUUGCCAAAGGAUCUUUUGGUCCUAUCUUAAAAGUGAAGGACAAGUCCAAGCAGAAGACAUAUGCAGUGAAGGUGAUACCUAAAUCUGAGAUCCUUCGACUGGGCGUACUGGAGCAGUCUAAAGAGGAGGUUAUAGUCCAGCGUCAGGUCCACCAUCCUUUUGUCCAUGACCUACAGGACUGCUGGCAGACCCAGCGCCACCUCUACAUUAUGUGUGACUACUGCAGUACAGGGGACCUGUACACAUACUGGGUGAUGAUUGGUCAGUUUGGGGAAGAUGCCGUGAGAGUAUUUUCUGCUGAAUUGGGUACUGCUCUUGGAUUUCUUCAUGACUUUGGAAUUAUCCAUCGAGAUGUGAAGAUGGAAAACAUCCUUCUGACUGAUCAAGGACACCUGCGUUUGGCUGACUUUGGUUUGUCCCGACGUCUGGAACGAGGAGGGAGGGCCUUCACUAUUUGUGGAACAAUUCAGUACAUGGCCCCUGAAGUGCUGAGUGGUGGUCCCUAUAGCCACGCAGCUGAUUGGUGGUCUCUUGGCAUCCUGCUUUAUGCAUUGGCUACUGGAAAGUUCCCUGUGCCUCCUGAGCCAGAUCACUGUAGCAUGUUACGAAAAGUACGCUCCUGCCCCUAUGAGAUGCCCAAGACCUUCAGCCCUCCUUUUUCUCUUUUGCUCACUGAGCUCCUGUGCAAAACCCCGAUGCGUCGCCUACGGACACUUGAGCGCUUUAAGCGGCAGACGUUCUUCCACGGGAUGCCUUUCGACUCCCAACUUCUGCAGAAGACCCCCAUGGACCUCAUCCUGGAACUGAAAAAUCGGCCUGACCGUCCUGCCAAAGCCCGGAGGGGCCUGACUCUAGAUCCCUUUCCCAAUUUUGACUGUGACCUCCUCUCAGGUUCUCCCAUCUCUACAGUGGCCCCAGAGUUGUCUCCUACUCUGGAUAACUUGGAAUCAGUGGAUGCGUUGAUUCAGAGCCAUGUAUCUCAGGAUAACGGUUGUAAAACAGAAUUAUUUGUGUAA